GUGACCCAGAAGAAAGAAUGGGGAGAAACUAAGGACCCAGAAGAACGAAAAGAUAUUGAUACCACAUUGAUCCCAAAUCAUUUAUGAUCAAAAGAGAGGAAUUGAAUUGAAGCUAUGGAUCAUGUUAGUGAGAUUCAACAUGAAUAUAACAAACGAGUAAAAAUUGAAGGAUGUUACGAGACAAUCGUGUCUAAUCCCAAUGCAAUAUGGAAAAGUGAUAGCAUUCUAACAUUCUACCUCCCUUUCUUUACAGCCCAAGUUGCUCUCAUGUUGAUCACCACUCGUUCUGCAUACUACAUCCUGAGACCCUUGAAUCAACCUCUCAUUGUUGUUGAGAUUUUGAUAGGGUUCAUGAUAAGCCCGGAGAUAAUUGGGGGAACACCUUUUUAUGGAUCAUCACUUGUCCCGCUAAGGGCAAUAAUUCCAAUUGAAACCAUGACACACUUUGGGCUGGUUUUCUUUGUUUUCAUUGCUGGUUUGGACAUGAAUUUAGACACAAUCCUACACGCAAGGAAGAAAGCUACAAGCAUUGCUGUUGCAGGCAUUAUAAUUCCAAUGGCAAUGGGGAGUGGAAUAUAUUAUUUGCUUCAAAGCAUGUACAAGGGAUCUCAUGAGAAUUUGGCAAAUCACAACACAUUCAAAGCAUAUUUGUUUUGGACCUUAACAUACAGUGUCACUGGUUUCCCCAUCGUUUCUCAAAUCCUCACAAACCUCAAGCUCCUCUACACAGGUCUAGGACGAGUGGCCUUAACAGCAGCUAUGAUCACUGAUUUCUACAACUGGGUCACUUUUGCGUUGUUGAUUCCAUAUGCAAUGAAUGAAAAAACUGCCAUCUACUCAGUGAUCGCCACCAUUGUGUUUGUCCUGUUUUGCUUCAUUAUCCUUCGCCCUUAUAUGGAGAAGUUGAUCAUCCGCAAAACCACUCACAAUGAUUGGGACAAUUAUCAGUUGUUGUUUGUGGUCAUGGGAGCUUAUGCUUGUGCAUUCAUUACAGAUAUUUUGGGGGCACACCCUGUUGUUGGGGCUCUUGUUUAUGGAAUCAUCAUACCUCGUGGGAAAUUCACUGAGAUGCUGAUAAAUAAGUCAGAGGAUCUUGGGGUUGUUUAUUUGGCUCCAAUCUUCUAUGGUAACUGUGGCAUAAGACUCAGGUUCUUGUAUACUGUUAGAACACAAGGUGUCACAUUGGUCAUGCUAACUAUGUUCUUGACAUGUAUACCAAAGAUUUUAAGCACACUAAUAGCAACUCAAUUUUAUGGCAUGUCUAUUCUUGAUGGUGUGGCUGUUGGGGUGCUUAUGAACACCAAAGGUGUCCUACCCUUAAUAAUGCUCAACAUAGCUUGGGACGAGCAGAUUUUGAGUGCGGAGUCCUUCUCAAUUUUGACAGUAACAGUUCUCAUGAUGACUAUCAUUGUGCCAAUAAUUAUCAAUGUCAUAUACAAGCCAAGAAAGCUUCACAGGCAAAACAAAUUAAGGACUAUACAGAAUUUAAAGGUUGAUUCAGAACUUCGAGUUUUGGCCUGUGUCCAUAACCCUCGCCAAACCACAGGAAUCAUCAACAUCCUCGAGGCGUGUAAUUCAAAUAAACUUUGUCCACUACGUGUGAUUGCUCUUCAACUUGUUGAAAUGACAGGAACAACCACAUCCCUUUUGGUUUCCCACAUCAACCAUCAUAACAUGCAACAAAGUGGAGCACAUAAUUCCCUUACCGAAUCAGAACAAGACUUGGAAACCAUCGCAAAUGUUUUUGCAGCUUAUGCAGAGGAAACUGAGAACACCACCAAGGUGGAGACCCUUGCUGCCGUGUCCCCCUACUCAACAAUUCAUGAGGACAUAUAUAAUGUAGCGCAAGAAAAGCAAGCAACUUUGAUUAUCCUCCCUUUUCACAAGCAAUCAAGCUUAGAGGGUAUCCUAGAAGAUUCCAACUCUGCAAUCAAGGACAUAAACCAGAAUGUCAUAAGAGAUGCGCCUUGCUCUGUUGGAAUCUUCGUUGAUCGCGGAAUUGGGUCAUUGUUCAAAGUGGAUUUGCGUGUGCUCAUGCUUUUCAUUGGUGGUCCUGAUGAUCGAGAAGCAUUAGCCGUUGCGUGGAGGAUGUCAAAGCAUCAAAGGAUUCAUCUCUCUGUUGUGAGGAUCCUUUUAUCAGGGGAAGCUGCAGAAGCAGAUUCUUCAUCAUCAUCGCAUGUAGAAUCUAAAGGGUUGUUAUCUGCAGAAGUGGACAAUGAAAAGCAGAAGGAGUUGGAUGAUGAGUAUGUGAAUUCAUUUAGACUCAAGGCAGUGAACAAUGAAGAUUCUAUAAAAUAUUUAGAAAAAGAGGUUCAUUCUGCUAAUGAUAUUUCAGAGGUACUUAAUCAAAUGGAUCAAAUUGGGUGUGAUUUGUACAUCUUAGGACAAGGGACUGGUAGGAACUCCAUGGUCUUUUCAAAUUUGAUGAAACAGACUGAUUGCCCAGAACUUGGAGUUAUAGGGGACAUGGUGGCAUCAAAUAACUUUGGUUCAUGCUCUUCACUCCUUGUUGUGCAGCAAUAUGGGUUUGAGAGGAUAGAGUUUGAGACUAGCACUCAGCAAUCUAGUGAAGCAUCUGCAAAUAAUGAUGGUUCUGGGGAACUUUUUGUGAAGGUAGAAUAG